GAGGAAAGGACGAAAGCGACCGGCCUGGCGCAAAUUUAAACUUCGUCUACUUCGAUCGCAAACCCUGUUAUGUCAUAACGGCCGCAUAGCUGUGCACGUAUCACGGGCCCUUAGCUGCAAGAGCCAGAGGCUCUCCGGGCCAGGAGAGCCAUGUUGCGUGGAAUUCGGGGUUGGUUGCUUGGCGAAUCAGGCAACCAAGCACCUGAACAGCAGAAACAGACUGUUGCGCAGCCUCAGGCCCAGCGACAGGCGCAUGCGCCGGCUCAACAGCUGCGCCAGCCGCAGGGGCCUGCAGGUGCGCCUGGGGGCCUACCGGCGCCCGGCCACAUGGCUGCGACAAGCCCUGGGCCCCGAUGGGCCGGCUACAGCGAGCCCAACCCCGGCGCCCCGGCGAUCCCGGUGUCGGACGUGGGGCCCUCCUACCUGGUGUCGGCCCGCAAGCUGAAGCGCCCCGCCAGCGAGCUGCAGGCCGACGCCGGCGCCCUAGCAACACAGAACGCCCAGCAAUUCGUAUCCUCCAACUUCACGCCAGCGCCGAUGGCGCGCCCCGCGUCCGCCGCCUUCGACGGGACGGAGGUCCGGCCUGCCAAGCGCCACGCAGCCUCCGUGGGACCCCACACUGGCCCAUGGUGGAUGAAGGCAGGCCCCGGCGCGCGCAACGGCACUGGUGCCGGCGCCGGGUCAGGGGGCGCCUCGGGCGUGGUGCCGCCGCCGGGCACGCUGGGCGCCGCCGCGGAUGCGCAGCGCGGCGGGGGCUCACCGCUGGGCUCAGUGCUGCGCCUGGGCGCCAGCAGCAGGCUCGGCGGCGCGGUGCAGGGCGGCGCGGCGCCCGACGCUUCGGGGGCUAAUGUCGCAGCUGAGGCGGGCGCUGCGGGUGCGGGCGGCGCGACAACGGAUGCCGGCCGCGCGCAGUGGUCGCGUGCGGUGCGCCUGUCGGCUUCCACCAUCCGGCCUCCCAGCCAUGGCUACGGCUACAGCGUUGGCUAUGGGGCCGCCCAGCAGCAGCAGCAGCCACCUGCCAUGAAGAGGCGGCCGCUGAAGCGCUGGUACGAGGGCGAUGAGGAGGGCGCGGACGACGACGUCCUCGAGGUGGUGCCCGGCGCCGCCCCCGCCCCCGCCACCACAGCAGCCGCUCCAGCACUGGCCGCACCCAGCGGCGGCCUGUUCGGUCAGGCGGCCGCAACCGCUCUGGCGCUCGCCACGCCGCCGCCGGCGCCCAAGCCCGGAGCGGGUGCAGGCGCAGCCGGCGCCGCAGGUGCAGCCGCGGGCACGGGUGCGGCGCCGACCUUCCCUGGCUUCAGCAUGGGUGCCGCCCCCGCGGCCCCCGCAGCCGACAAGGCGGCGGCCGGCGAGCCCUCGGCCGCCGUCAGCGCCAAGCCCGCCGCCACGCACGGCGGGGCCGACGCUGCCAAGGCGGCCGCGCCGGCGGCUGGCAACCUCUUCGGCAGCCUGGCUCCCUCGGCGGCGCCUGCUGGUACGGGCUCCACGCCCGCCGCAGCUGCUGCAGGCGGCGCCGCCACCUCCACCACCCCGGCCUUCACCGGCAGCUUUACGUUUGGAGGCGUCACCCCCACAGCGGCCACGACGCCGGGUGCGUCGGCUGCCAGCGGCGCGGCGGCCUCGGCCGAAGCCGUGCCGGGCGCUGCCGCCGCACCACCCGCCGCCAGCCCUGCAGCGGCGUCCGGCACGCCCACUACGGCCACGGAAGCCACCAUCAACGCAGCUGCGAGCACCGCGGCCGCACCGGCCGCCACAACAAGCUUUUCCUUUGGCGGCGGCGCGUCCCUUGCGCCGGCGGCGACCGGCCAGUUCGCGUUUGGCGGUGGCAGCACAGCGCCAGCGGCGCUGGCAGGGGGUGCGACCGCAGCCACAACACCCGCGGCGCCUACACCCGCGGCGCCUGGCGGUGCAGCGGACGGGACAGCCGCAAGCAACAACACUGCCGCCGCCGCAGCUCCUGUAAGCUCCACGCCGGCCGCCGCCGCCGCUGCUCCUGCAGGCGCCCCGGCUGGAGGCUUCACCUUUGGCGGGGCGUUGGGCGGGGCUGCCAAUCUGUUUGGGGCGAAGCCCGCAGACGCUGCGCCUUCUGCGUCCGAGGACGCGGCUGCUAAGCCUGCCGUGCCUCUCUUUGGCGCCCCGGCUGCUACCACUGCCCUCGGCACGGCGCCAACCAGCUUCACCUUUGGGGGCGUGGCGGCAUCCGCCCCGGCGGCGGCGACAGGCACGGCCGCGGCCACCACCACCGCUCCGGCGGCCGCCCCGGCCCUGAGCCUCUCCUUUGGCAGUAGUGCGGCGGCGCCGACAUCCGCGGCCGCAUCCGUGGCGGCGCCCGCGAACCCGUUCGCCGCGGCCACCGCUGGCAGCACGCCGUCCUUUAGCUUCGGCGCCGCGCCGCCCGCCAGCACCACCGCGCCGAGCACCGCAGCCGCCAUCGCCGGCGCCAGCGCCAGCACAACGCCUUCGGCAUCGGCGCCGACGUCGCUGCCCGCCUUCGGUGCGCCCGCCAGCGGCGCCACAGGCACGCCCUCGUUCACCUUUGGCGGCGGCGUGCCGGGCUUCGGCGCGGCCGCAACCACGGGUGCUGCGGCUGGCACGGCCGGUACGUCAGCAGCGACCGCGGCGCCUGCAGCCGCCGCCGGCAGCGCUGCACCGGCAGCCCCGGCCUUCGCCGGCUUUGGCGCUGCUGCAGCUGCAGGUGCAGGUGCGGCUCCUGGCACGGCGGCACCGGCACCGUCCGCGGGCGCGGCUCCGUCAACCGGCUUCACGUUCGGCGCGGUGGCCCCAGGGGCACCUGCCGGCGGCAGCACGGGUGGCGCAGCGCCCGCGGCGGCCGCGGCUCCGACGUCCGGCUUCGGCGCUGCAGCUGCCAGCACGACACCUGCGCCCGGAGGCACGCCCCUGUUCGGCGCAGCUAGCGCGUCGGGCGCGGCGCCUGGUUUCGGCGGCUUCGGCGCGGCCGCGGCCGCGGCCGCGGCCGCGCCUGCCGCCGGCUCCACGCCUGCUGCCGGGGCUGGUACGGGCACCCCCAUGUUCGGGGCGACACCUGCGCCCGGAGGCACGCCCGCGUUUGGAGCUGCUACAGGCAGCGCGCCUGCCUUCGGCACCACCCCUAACUUCGGCGCUGGCGCGGCGCCCAGCGGCGGGCUCGGAGGCGCGGCCGCCUCUGGCAUUCCGGCGUUUGGUGCGGGCACUACACCAUCCCCCGCCUUCGGAGCCUCCUCCAGCACGCCAGCCGGCACGACCGGCACCCCUGCCUUCGGUGGCUUCGGCGCAGGUGCCUCCCAGCCCGCGGCCUCCGGCUUCGGUGCGGCCGCCGCUGCCUCUCAGCAGGCAACUGGCGCACCCGUGUCCACCGCCCCUGCCAGCACUGGCUUCGGCGGCUUUGGCGCGGCUCCUGCGGCCGGCAGCGGUCCUGCAUUUGGCGCCGCGGGCUCUGGCUUCGGCGCGGGCGCGCCCACCGGCAGCACGGCGGGCUUCGGCUCGAGUGGCGGCGCGGCACCCACAGCCGCCUUCGGAGCCACGGGCGCGGCUGGCGCCGCGCCGACGCCUGCGUUUGGCGUGACCCCGGCAUUUGGCGCUGGUGCACCUGCCGCUACAGGCGGGUUCGGUGGCUUCGGUGCAGGAGCGUCCAAGCCGGCCGCACCGACCUUUGGCGCCGCGGGGCCCACGUUCGGUGCCGCUCCGGCCCCGGCCGCCGGCGGCUUCGGCGCCCCAGCGGCGCCCACUCCGGCUUUUGGAUCUGGCGGCGGAGCUGCGCCCGCGUUUGGCGCAUCUGGCUUCGGCGCGGCACAGCCCGCGGCUCCUACCCCCGGCUUCGGCGCCGGCGCCUCGACGGGUUUCGGCGGCACCAGCUCUCCCGCCUUCGGAGCACCCGCACCCGGCACAACAACCGGCUUUGGCGGAUUUGGAGCGCCCGCCGCCCAGCCGGCGCCGGCCGCUCCCGCGCCGGGCUUCGGCGCCGGCAUGCCUUCAUUCGGCGGCGCCGCGCCGGGCUUUGGCGCGGCGCCGGCGGGCCCAAAUUUCGGCGGCGCGGUGCCGGCCUUUGGUCAGGCGGCACCGGCGGGCGCACCCGUGUUUGGCGCGGCGCCGGCGGGUGGGGACGGGUUCAACAUGGGCGCAGGCGGUGGCGAUCGCCGUCGCGUGACGGCCUCUCGCAACAAGGGCCGGCGAUGAGGCCCGGGGUUGGUGGCUGUUGCCUAAGAUGUUGGAGCAUGGGCGGGCAGGGCAUAGUGAUUCAUGCAUUGCGUUAGCAACGUGAGGUUGGUUAUUGUUGCGGGAGCAAUCGUACUUUCCCAAGCGUAAUGGCUGGCUCAACCUUUGCGCCUAGGGAUGCUUUUCACGUGUUGGUAAUAAAGCGCUUGUGUUGUCCGCGGUUUUUCCUGAGAAUGGUGGCCUGCUUUGACGGUAAGGCCUAACACACUCGCUGAAGCUGCCGCGGCGACCAGCGUCACUUGGCGUCAAGCCGUUGUGAACGGUUGUAUGGGACGGCCUACAGCAACAUCGUUGUGCGCGGGACGCAAGCGAGAGAGAAGCAGGAUUGAGUGGGUGCCAAGGGCGGGACCCGAGGGAGUGGGGUAGGGGCGUAGAAGGCACCAGAUGCUCAGCUGGUCUGGUAGUCGAGAUUCCGGUGAGAGCGCGCAGCGAGCUUAGGCUAAUGUGAAAUGCUUCGUGUGGCUGCUGAAGAAUUCGCCAACGUCUCUUGUGCGGAAUGUGUUGCCAACGUAGAAUGUCAUGUGCAUGGAAGGCGGCACAGUCGGUUUGUCAAGGGACGGCCGGCACAGGGUAGCGCUCGUGGUGGGCUUAGCUGCAGUACAGUCCGGUCGUACCUAGUAGUACGGAUAGCAGCAGCGUUAGCGCUUUGCUUGGCGGCCAGUAAAGCACACGGCUAGCUCGAACCGGAUCAAAACUGUAAACCGACGAAACU